GCAGCAGAUUUUUUCGGAAUGCGUUAAGGAUCAGUUUUACGCGAAAUACGGUUACGAAAGGUUGCUAACGACAAAGAGCCGGCGUCUAAGCAAACAUUUCCCUGUCUCUAUCAGUGUAUUCAGUGCAUCAGUGUGUGUGAGUGUGUGUGCGUGAGUGUGUGUUUCGCGUUUCUUAAAACUUUAAAUAAAAUACUUCAACUUGCGUGCUAUCUCUCAUUAACUGAUAGUGAGAAAUUUCGAAGAGCAAUACGAAUUAUAUUUUGAAAUGCUAAUUGGACACAGAGAACUGACCUACGACAAUGCACUUGGAACGGUAUUGACAAUGUAACUGACCUAUGUCAAGUAUAUACUCUAGCUGCAAGGACCUGCACGACAAUACGCAAUUGAAUUAAGAAACAUUUGCAAACAUUUUUAGGCGUUUUUGAACAAACCAUUUACAGAGAAGAGACAGUUUUGUGCGAAGUAAUAAUAAUUGAAACGAUAAAAGAGACUGGCUUGAAAAUUUUGAAAAAUUUUGCAUAAUAUUGAAUAAAAACUAACCUUAAAGUAGCAAAGAUAUUAGCUGUAGUCGGCAAUAGGUAACCCAAUAGAAUUACACGCCAAUUAUUAGUUUAAAGUACCAUAUCAUUUGCAUUUCAAGAACACGAUUAAAACUCCUUUGACAACGGCUAUUUAAAGAAACGCUCAAAUUCUGAAUCGCUCGCUUAAAUAUAAAGGUUGUGAAUUAAUACUUAAAUUGUAAUAAGGAAAGUGGACAUAAAAUACUACAAAGCUAAGAUCACUCUGCACAUAUUCAAUAAUCAGUUAUGCUUCCUCAAUUAAUUUAAGUAAAACUAGCCUAUACCUUAGAUCUAAACGUUUGACAAACUACGACUACAUUAACAAUAUUUUCAUAUCAAUACUUAAAUAUCGAUAUCGAAGUAACUUUAAUAGCUCUUAAGGUCUUGGUCAUAUAAAGUGCGUUAGAAAUACAAAUUUAAAUACAUGUCUAUCAAAUAAUUCUAAAUCAAAUAAUUUAAUCUCUAAGUGUUUACAAAGUGCAAAGAUAUUGAAAACAAAUACUAAACGAGAGUCAACAAAAAUAUCAAAGAUAUUGUGCUGAAUGAUAUCAUUGUGCAUUUUAUAGUCGAUAAUCGAAUGACCGAAACUUAUUUGAAAUGAUGAGUUAUCAGAAGGGCCUGAAAGAUCCAAAUUUGGAUAGGCAUACGAAUAAAGCAAAAUCACGCCAUUUUACGGUGAAUGGUUUGAGUGCUAAUAACACGCUUCAGCAGCAGCAAUAUAACCUGCAACAGCAACAGCAGCAGCAGCUGCAGUCGGCGACUGACACACGCAACAUCUACAACAAUCCCUACAAUCCACAGCAACAACAACAACAACAGUCACAACAACAGCAACAACAACAACAACGUUCCGCACACCUCUUUAAGGCACUGGCUGCAUCUGCUGCUGUCGGCGGCAACAACAGCUUGAGUCAUCCUUACGACUUCUCGAGCUCAUCCUCAUCAUCGAACGCGAACAACGAGCAACAAGGAUCCUCAUCCUCGGAGGCGGACAAUGCGUUUCUAACUCAUAAUAACGCACAAAAAGGUGCUCAUAGCUCAGUCUCAGUUGCUUCCUCCAACUUCGACUUCGACUCCUUCUCAAUCGCAGUCUGA